GACAUAAUAAACAGAUGGUCUGUUCUCUUGAAUUUAGAGACAAUUUCAGUUUACCUAAUAUUGCAUGAGACAUCUAAAGAUGGCAUUCUUUUCAAGGGAAACUUCCAACGUCUUCUCUUCCAUUCCAACAGCAACAGCUCUUGCUACAUUGAUACUCCUUUCGAACUUAUCGCGAGGUGUAUCUUACAUCAAGCUCAUCUUUAUCUCUUUCUGUGAAAACAGAUGUAAUACCAUCUUGUAUGACUCAACCCACAUGAGAAAGACAAUGACUUGGUUAGAAAUCAAAUAAGUCAAAGCUUUAUUUGAGAAGGCACACCUAUUCACCAAGGAUGAACUAGAUGAUGCAUGCGAUUGUCUUCGAUGACUCAUUGACAAUAUAUCUCCCAAGUCGAAUACUCUAUUUGCUUAUAGAUACAGUCCAAAUCAAUUGAGCAUACAUCCCCUCAAACGCGAAACCAUAUUAUCUUUUUUUGCAAAAGAUGGUUUUCCUUACAAAGCUUCAAAAGAAUGAAACACAUCAGAACAAACCGCU